UGUUAGCAGAUCGACCGUGAGAAAAACACGGCUCGACGAAGAGGAGUGUGUGUAUAUAUACUGUAUAUAUAUAUUGACUUUCACGGAAAAGCAGGUUUAUAAAUAGAAGUGAUAAGCAGUCCCUGCAGCUAAUGUUCAGCUGGUAAGAAGCUGACUUCACUGCAUUUUGUCGCUCCACUAGUUAUGUUUGGUAUUCCUUCCACCAGCCUCCCACGGCCCGCGUCCUCCCACGCCAGGAUCUGCGUCACGCUGGCCGUGUGGGAGUGAGUAUGAGCAAGACCGGAAUAUCCCAUAGAAGACGGAGGGGGAGGAGGCUGACACACACACACACACACACACAUACUGCAAAGUUGAGAGCGAAAAAAAAAAGAGACAGUGAAGGGGAAUAGAUAUCCAAACACAGCACCGAGAGCCCCGGACUCAAGUUGUGCAUCUGGGCUGCUGCUGCUGCUGGCGAGGCGGGCUGCUGUUCAAAUGCGUCUGUAAGAGUCCGGGCCAGGAGUUGUCUCCCCCGCCUCCCUCUCUCUCACAGACACACAACACACACACAGUCCACCCCCUUCCCCACCCACACAACCCACUCCACCCCCUACGUCGGGAGGAUUGGUGUGGUCAGACUGAGGCAGCCCUUCUCCUGACUGAACUGUCCUGACUGGGACAGACACACGCACAGGGAAAGAGAGAAAGUUCUCACUGGAUUCCAGAUAACACACAUAGAGACAGAAGACAAGCUCAGGAAGGCCGGCAGCGUACACUGCACCAGUACAGGUGUUGUCUUUUGACAUGGCUACUUCUUUACCAAGGACCCUUGGUGAAUUGCAACUUUAUCGCAUUCUACAACGAGCAAACCUCUUGUCUUAUUAUGAUGCAUUCAUUCAGCAAGGGGGAGAUGAUGUGCAGCAGCUCUGUGAAGCAGGGGAGGAGGAAUUCCUGGAAAUCAUGGCCCUGGUUGGUAUGGCUAGCAAACCUCUUCAUGUUAGAAGACUGCAAAAAGCUUUGAGAGACUGGGUGACAAAUCCUUCUGUCUUCAAUCAACCACUGAAUACCCUUCCUGUCAGCAGCAUCCCACUGUAUAAAAUAGCUGAGGGCUCAGCUGCUUUUCCUGGAUCAAAUGUUAACAGUCAUGAAAGAAAUAGUAACCUUCGGGAACCUCCUAUGAAGUUUCCAAAAUGUUUGUCUGUGAUGUGUGGUCAGGGGGUAGGACCUAACAAGUCUGUCAUGGCAGUGAAUUCACCACUGCAAGUAUGUAGUGAACCACGAUUCUGGCAAGGCCAUUCCAAUACUGAGAGUGAACAGAGUCUUUCUCCUGCAGAUCCUGCAUCCCCAUCUUCACCAAAAGAGAACGGUGAAACACUUGAUGCUGCUGCAGUCAUUGCAAUUACAGAAUCUGUUGAGCGUCUGAUUCAAGGCAUUCCAAAAGCAGACAGAAAUGAAGUUAAAGAAUUUUUAAAAACCAAUAAGAAGUUAGCAAAAAUGAUUAGUCACAUCUUUGACAUGCCUGAUGGUGACCCUCACAAAGAAGAAGAAAUCCGGAAAUAUAGUGCGAUAUAUGGUCGAUUUGAUUCCAAAAGGAAAGAUGGAAAGCAUCUGACCCUUCACGAGUUAACUGUUAAUGAAGCAGCUGCUCAACUCUGUACAAAGGAUAAUGCAUUGCUCACUCGGAGAGAUGAACUAUUUACGUUAGCUCGACAAGUUUCCCGUGAGGUAACCUAUAAGUACAGCUAUAAAACCUCCAGGUCUAGAUGUGCAGAACAAGAUGACUCGUCUCCCAAGAGAAUAAAAACAGAGGAUGGUUCUGUACAUAUUCAAGAAUCACUGCAGAUUUUGCAACACAGACAAGAAACAUUAAAAGAGCAAAUGGCUGUUGCCAAGAUGAAAGGUGAUGAUACCAUGAUGCGCAAUAUUCAGGUCCAACUUGAAUCAAUAGCUGCAAAGUACAUAAUGCUUGUACGUGAGCAAACAGGACGGGACAUGUUUCAAGUGUCUGAGAGACAUCCAUCUACCACAGCUUGUAGGUUGUAUUCUGAAGAGCAGAAUUCAAAAAGCCCUCCUGCAGAUACCAUCGAUGGACAAGCUGAAAAACCACUGAACCUCAGGAUUGCUGACCAGCAAAGUCGGCAAAUAAUGCAGCAAAUGGUAUCCAGAGAAGAUCUACAGCUUGCUAAGCAAGUGUCAAAUGAAUUAAGCAGACUUUAUUCUAGCAAUCCAAGAGAGUCUCACUCUUCAGAAAACAUAGGCACCUUGAAGGAGUUUUGUCAGACAGUCCUAAAUCACACAGAAAAGAAGAAUGAAGCAUUCAAACCUAUCAAAAUAGAGCCUGAAGAUGUCAGAUAGCCUUCUCCAGAUUUGUCUGUUUCUCAAAAUGGCAUCAGCAAUCACCCUAACAAGAGCCUUAAUGACCAAUGUUGCCUCGUCUGUGUUCCAUUAUUGUGGUUUCUGUUUUGUCAAAGUUACUGUGUACGAUGGUUUGAUAGUUCAGCAGCAUAAUUUCCAACCUGGUAAUUCAUUGUUGACUAAAUGUUCAAUAAAUACUAUAAAUCAGCUGGUCUUAGCAGUGAGAAAAACAGCUUAAUGAAUAAUCUAUUUAAUGUUAUUUAAUGAUUGGGAAUGAAGAAAUUGAUACCCAGUCUUGAAAAUUCUUAAUAGGCAUCAGCUUAAGAUGAUGUAUUGCUUUUCUCUAUAAGCUAGUCUAGCGUAUAGUUUAAUAAACCCUUAUUGAUAGUUAUAUACUUUUAUUCAGAUCUAAAAUGGGAUGCAGUACACAUAAUAUCAAAAACUUUACAUGUUUGUUUAUCACUAUUAAGGGAUGUGGGGUGGAAUUGGAUAAAGGAACUGAGGUUUGAUGAACUAAUCUUGUUGAGGUAAUCCAAUAUGGGCCACAAAAAAGUACAACUGUUGAAUCUCAGUAUAAUGAAAGGGGAAAGAAUGAAUGUAUGAAAGGUUGCUCCAAAUGCUGCCAAAUAUUUCAGGUACGGUUGCUAAAGCUGUCCACACAUAUCUGAAGUGGUGAUGAAAUUUUGAGCAUUGUAUCUAUGCACUUACUUAAAUAGAAUAAAUGUCAAGAAGUUGCAUUUUUAUUUAGUUGGUUGGCAGACUAGAAAUCAGGAAAUUCUCACAUUCCUAAUUAAACUGGGGGAUAGGUCAUAACUUGUAACAUUUCUAAUUAAAAUGCAGAAUUGCUUAUUAGUUAUUUCUGUUCAUAUACGUUGUCCAUUUGAAGUUUUUACUUAGAUUUACUUGAAUUACUGCAUAGUUUAUACUAAUAUUCUUUUCCCAAAAUAUUGCUGCAUCUCAUUCUUUUUUUCAAAUGUGAUGGGGUACUGAUUUUAAAUAGUUGACACAGACUUUAGUCAGAAGAGUUGUCUUUGCAACAUUUCUAUUGGAUACAGCAGUGAUAAUGCUGAGAUUCAAAUCUGCAUUAAAGAUUUGUAAAUUCUAUUUCUUUUUGCUUUGUUAAUUCUAUUUCUUUUUGCUUUGUUUUCUGCUUCUACUUUGUUCACUGUGCCUUCUGUCUGAAAUCAUGUUGCAUUUUGGUUGUGGAGAAUUUAAUUGAUUAAAGUCCAGAUAUUUUAAUCUGGUCAUACAGGCAGCCAAAGCCCUGUAGUA